CGUUUUAAUAGUUCAAGUAUCUACAACGUAAUGCUUAUAUUUAUCUUAGUAAACCUCAUUGGUUUUGAAAUCUGUUUAAGCAAUUGGUGAAAAAAUAUCUUUAGUAAGAGUCAGAGGCAAGAUUGAUGCGAUGCUCUCGUGAAUCGAACAUAGGAGAGCAACCCAGAGAUGGCCGCCGUGGAACAGCAGGAGCCUGGCCGGGAGCGGCCCCCGGUCACCCAACUCGAAUUCAGACAGGCCAUGCGAGACUUCAAGACCAUGUUCCCCGAGAUGGAUGAGGACGUCAUAGAGGUCGUGCUGAGGUCGAACAACGGGGCGGUCGACUCCACCAUCGACCAGCUGCUGGCCAUGAGCACCGACAACGAGAACGAGCGCCUCAGGACCGAGCUCGACGCGACGGAAAACGACGAGCUGCCGCCCCGGUACUCCCCUUCCACCCCGCCCCCCUCCUAUAACCAGGCGGUGCCCUUCGCCCAGAGCCCCUCCCGGGCCCCCGCCUCCGGGGAGGCGAGGGCGACCCCGGAAAGGGCCCCCAGGGUGGUCCCGCCCCCCAGGAGGGUGGAAGGACGGGCGGCGUCAGAAGCCCCCGCCGUGCAGUUCAAGCUCCCGAAAGUGAAUGAAACUUCUGAGGCUGCAGAGAGUGCAGAGGGAGAGACCCCCGCUGCAGCAUCCUCUGAAUCAGAUGUGGCCUUGAAAACGUUGAAGGAAUGGAACCCUCCACUUUUAGGGGAGCUUCCACCAACAUUCCUGAAAAUUAGCGGAGUGCCUGCUACUAAAUCAAACACAAAAAAGGUUACUAUCUUGAGCUCCACCAUUUUGCAACAGCGAAUGGAAGAGAAUGAGAAAAAACGUCAGAGUAAUACUGCGACGAAUGACCCCGGCCUGGUGCAGUUUUUGGAAGAUGAAAGGAUAGCUUUAUUUUUACAAAAUGAAGAGUUCUUCCAAGAACUAAAGGACAAUAAAGAGUUUCUGUCAACUCUUGAACGAGCUUCGUCAGACGUCUCAGAGGAGGAGGAGGAAGAGGGGGGUGAGGCGGGAGAAGGCUUGGAUCCCAAUUUCCCCUACUGCAACAGCUCCCCUCCCGAGGAGACAGAUGCUGCAUUUAGGGAAAAAAUCAAAAACAUGGGGAAAGCUUCUCGUAAAAAAUUCACCCAGCUUGCUAAGCUGUUUUCGCGAAGAAAGAGGAGGUCCUUUAAACCAAUAUUAGGCGAUGGGUCUAACCCAUCUCGAGACAAUCUCCUCCUCCACGAAGACGAAUACUCGGAAUUGUCGGAGGACGACUCAGAAACCGAAGUCAACAAGAAAGACACCUGGAAUAGUCAUGUUGGUGGACCAGGUGGAAGAUCUCAAACAAUAGAAAGAUCAAAAAUGGAUCUUUAGUGAAGAAAAUUACGUGUCAAAAAGUGUGCUUAUAGUCUGGUAAUAAUCUAUAGCUGGAGCAAAACCAUGGUUUUUAAAUAAGCACAGCAAACGGCUGGCCUGUUUCUUCAUAUGUCAUUUUAUAAAAGACUGAAAAUCUAAAAUGCAAACUUUGAGAAGAUGCAAUUUUUAUUUUG